AUGUCGAAGGGGUCGAAGAUGCUGCAAUUCAUCAACUACCGCAUGCGCGUGACGAUCCAGGACGGGCGACAGCUAGUGGGCAAGUCCAUGGCCUUCCACCGGCACAUGAACCUCGUGCUCGACGACUGCGAGGAGUUCUGGAGGCUGCCCCUCGUGAAGGGCUUGAAGAAGGCCGGCAAGGAGCGUGAGGAGCUAACGCGCCGAAUACGAGCCGGCUCGAUUAAGUUUCGAGCCGAUCACGAGCCAGAGUUUUUGAGCUCGUCACGAGCUCGAGCCGAACACGAGCCGGCCUUGAAGACGACGAGCCGAGCUCGAGCUGGCUCCAGCUCGCUCGAGCUCGUCUCGUUUACAGCCCUACUGCUGGUAAGGCUUGGGAUCGCGGCAAAGCCAACGCAUGUUAGCUAG